GAGCGGGACCUGCAACUAGACCAGGAACGCGACACUGACAUCACGAGCAUUGGCAGCAGUAGCGAUGCUUUGGGAGGGUGCAACGUUCCUUGAAUCAACGGCCGCCAUUUUCAUGACUAGUCGUCGACCAUGUCCCCCAGCCCGCAGCGGGGCAUCUCCGGGUCCUCCCUCAGGUCAUGAUCCCAAGUUGCCAGGGUAGCGACACACCUCGGAGGCGGCUUUCGCCCGAGAAGACGAGCACAGCCGGGACCCGCGUCCUCUUGGGGAUGGAAGCCAAGGGUCCAAGAUUGACCAUUGAGUGGAUGCUAGGGAGUCAGGCGAUGAUUGUCGCCAGGAACAGCAAGGUCGUGCCGUACGGCGUGAGAUCGGCUCCCGCAAAGUCUCGAGACAAGCUGGAGUCUAUGGAGAGAUUCUUGCGUCUCGCCCCCGCAUCGCUUGUCGAAUAUGCCGAUGGGGAAACCGACGGAUCCCGGCUCCCCAGCUCUGAUUCCUUUAGUGUUGGUGUUCCCCACACUCCGAUCCCCUCCUCUUCAUCGAACUGUUCAACGGCCCAAGCAUCCCCAAAUUGGCCGGUUCUGCGCGAUCACAAGAUACUAGUCUGGGUGGUUGACGUUGCAUGGGGGUGGAGAAGAAAGCUUUCACAACGAGCCGGCUCCGUGAUCCCCGCGAGCCGAACGAAAGAACGUUUUGAAAGAUACGAAAGAAAACGGACAAUAGCGGAGACGACGUGCCUGACAGGGAAAUGCCCGCCGCCGAUCAAGAGCCGAACCACAAAGACUAAAUGUGGCAGUUGGAGAAACAUACAAGCGGGGAAAGCUUUCGAACGAUCUGAAUGGCGCGCAAGUUCGGACGGACGAGUCCUCGCGAGGAGCUUUCACCAGCAUUUGGCUCCACCACUGUACCUUGGAACGAGGAGUUGGUUUCUCUGCCAUUAUUGGCUCUCAUGAAGCAUAUGUAUCAAUUGGCACGUGCUAACAAGUCCUCUCGACGCUCGAUGACGACAACUUCACACGGCUCCGAAUCCGCGGCACAGAAGGUGAAGCAGGGAUCUCUAACACCAGCUUCAGCCCAGCCCAGCCCAGCUCGGUAGAAACAUCACCAACAACCUUUCCAGCAUCACUCUCAUGC